AUGUCUGAUACUGACUCGGUUGUGAACUACGGUCUAGAUUGGAUUCUGUACCACGAUUUUUCGUCGUACCAAUAUAGCCAUCGACGCCUCUUUUCUGUUUGGCUUGGCUUGGGACAGCAAGGUGAGUGGCAUCAAGAUGUCCCGCGUUACACGACAAGGUGUCAGCCACAAUCUGGCACCGACGGCACACUCGUCCAGACGCUGGUGACGCGCUACGCUGCCGGUCCUUGUCUGACUUGGAAAUACGGCAUGUGUCGAUCAAAAAAUCCCCCUAUGUCCAACCUAAGAUGGCACCUCUUGUCCGAGGAGCGCAACAAUGGCCGCACGAGGUUUCGAACCCAUCGUGAUCCCUACAAUCGAAUUUGCAAUGUGCUCAAUUUCUCGAUGCCUCUUCUGCCGCCCACCAACGUCGAACAUUCUCCUCGACUCCGAAUCCAUCUCCGGCGCAAAAGUGGCUUGUACCGUUAUCGCUGCGACACCACAGCUGCCUCCUCUCGCUACCGCCUCUUGAAGCCGCUUUGGGGCUCGGCAGCAAGCGAGGCGUCUUCCUUCUUUUCCUGCUUCUCUCCGAUACCUCGUUCCACGAACGCCACCACUUUCCUGCACUCCUAG